AUGACCCCAGACGCCACCAUUGUGGUGACUGGAGCUGGUGGCGGCCUAGGGAGCGCCAUGGCCGCUCAUGUCAGCCGCCACUUGGGCCACUAUCACGCCAUCUACACGGUUCGCGAUACGUCUCGGCCCCAUGAAGCGCUGCGGGCCGCCUUACGACAACCCACCAGUUCGCAGCACUCGCAUCAGAUCGUGUCGCUAGACUUAGCCCGCCUCAGCAGCGUGCGCGCCUUCGCUGCGUCUGUCAACCGCCGUGUAGCGAGCGGCGAGAUCCCGUCCAUCCGCGCCUUGAUCCUCAAUGCCGGCCUUCUCGAGUUCGACAAGCAGAUGUGGGCGCCCGCCGCCGAUGGCGGCUUCGACAUGACCUUUGCCUCAAACUAUCUCGGCCACUGGUUGUUGACGCUUCUGCUGCUGGAGAGCAUGGACCGGACCUGCGGCAGAGUAGUCGUUGUCGGGAGCUCAACUCACGAUCCCUCAAUUCCCAUGAUUGCGCGCCAUUACCCGUCCGAGGCGCUGAAAACCUUCAUCCAUGGCAGCACUGAUCCCCUCGCAACCGGCUCGUGGAGCAGCAACAAAGAAGAUCCUACGUAUCAUAGUGGUUUCCGGCGCUACGGUGCUGCAAAGAUGUGUCUGGCCAUGAUGGUCGGAGAACUCCAGCGUCGCCUAGCUGUAGAUCCAGCCCUGAACUGCAUCAGCACAGUAGGCAUCGAUCCAGGCACCAUGUCCACGGGCAUCGUCCGCAAUAGCAACUGGUUCGUACGCGUCGUUGUGCACGGCAUCGUCAUUGCAACAUUAGCCCGCUUGAUUGCUAUCAUCUGGCCAUCCCCUAACGGUGCCCUGCGCACCCCGGAAAAGUCAGCCAAAGAUGUGAUAGACGCCGCCCUGGCAACUGCCAAAUGGCAAAACAAGGGCGGCCUGUAUCUAGACGGCUCAGAGCUCAGUGACAUGAGUGAGGAAGCCAAGGAUCCUGGUAAACGCGCAUUGGUAUGGCGCGAUAGUGUCAGGUAUACAGGCCUCAAACAGGAAGAAACAAUGCUUGUGAAUUGGAACUAG